AAGAAACUCGUCAUCUUCUACUUCUGAAACUAAAAACCUAAACACAGAGAGGGAAAACGUUGAAGACGACGGCGACCGCCAUGAAAGACGAAAGUACAAGCAGCAAAAACAGGAAGAGGAACAAGAAGAAACAAAAGAACACUAAACCUUCUAAAGAAGAACCAAUCGAGUCGAAACUGAAGAGUCAAAAAGAUACCAAAAUCAAUAAAAACAAUAAGCGUGGAGGUUCUUCUUCUUCUUCAGCUUCAUCGAAACGAGCUAAACCUUCCAAUUUCCUCGAUAUGCUUCGAGAGAGAUUAUCAGGUGGGCAAUUUAGGAUGCUCAAUGAGAAACUCUACACUUGCUCUGGACAAGAAGCAUUAGACUACUUUAAAGAAGAUCCAGAAAUGUUUGAUAUGUAUCAUACAGGGUAUCAACAACAAAUGUCAAACUGGCCUGAGCUUCCUGUUAAUUCCAUUAUAGAUUGGCUUUUGUCUAGAAGCUCUUCUUUAGUUGUGGCUGAUUUUGGCUGUGGUGAUGCAAGGAUUGCUAAAAGUGUGAAGAACAAAGUUUUUUCCUUUGAUCUUGUCUCAAAGAACCCCUCUGUUAUUGCCUGCGAUAUGUCAAAUACCUCACUUGAGUCUUCAUCAGUGGAUGUUGCUGUUUUCUGUCUUUCAUUGAUGGGAACGAACUAUUCUAGUUACAUCAAAGAGGCACAUCGAGUACUUCGUCCAAGUGGUAUGCUUCUUAUAGCGGAAGUAAAAAGCAGGUUUGAUCCAAACAAUGGAGGAGCAGACCCAAAAGACUUUGUGAAAGCAGUUUGUGAUCUUGGAUUUACUUCGGUUCUAAAGGACGUCUCGAAUAAGAUGUUCAUCUUAUUGCAUUUCAAGAAAAAGGAGCAGUUGGAUUCAAAUCAGAAGACAAUAAAGUGGCCCGAGUUGAAAGCAUGUUUAUACAAACGUCGAUGAUGAGUUUAUGAUGGAAGAUUUACACAGAUGAGUUUAUAACUUUAUAUAAACAUCAAUGUUGUAUCACUUAGGCAUAUUUAUCUUCGGUUAAAAAGAAAAAAACUCAGAAUUUUGCACCCUUGGUUAAAUCAAUUAUUGUGGUCUUUGAAA